ACAGUCAUGGGGUUAAAACAAAGACCUUGUAGGACAUACAAAAAGUUUAAGGUCGCUACAUUUUUUUAAAAAAUGUUUUUGAAAGAAGACUUUUAUACUCGCCAAAAUACAGUAAUAACAGUAGGCUAAUAUUGUGAAAUAUUACAAUUUUAAAUAACUGUUUUCUAUUUGAAUAUAUUUUAAAAUGUAAUUUAUUCCUGUGAUGGUAAAGCUAAUUUUCAGCAGUAAUUUCUCCAGUCUUCAGUGGCACGUGAUCUUUCAGAAAUCAUUCUAAUAUGCUGAUUUAAACAUUUAUUAAUAUCUUUUUUUUUUUUUUUUUUUUUGUAUAAACCGUAUUAUUUUUUUCCAGAUUCUUUGAUGAAAAGACAAUUAAAAAAAACCCCGCAAUGUUUGUACCAAAGUCUGUUACUUUUGGAAAAAAUAAAACAAAAUUAUACCGACCUCAAACUUCUGAACUGUAGUGUAACUAUGACAACAAUGAUAGAAUUUUUUUUUUUUUUUAAACUUAUUAGCAGUAGGCUAAAUAUUACUUGCUUCCUGUUUUACCCUAUAUUUGUAGCUUUCUUGAGUGGGAGGGCUGGACAGGCAUUUUGUUAACCAGUGUACUUGUUUCAUUUCGUGCCACUAAAAUGGCUUUUAUACCCAUUUAGUUUAAGUUAUUCUUCAAAUACGGAGUUAUAACUUCAAAACUGCAGCAUUACAUGCACACGUACCUCUUGCUCUGAUGUUUUGCCGAGAGCUGCAGCUCGUUCAUUGAGAAAUUAGGCAGCGUUUGGUGGUGUUUGAUUAGCAGGUCUCUGAUGGGAGGAGUCGGGCUUGCCCACAGACUGAGUGAAAGGCAGGCAGGCGAUGAAGAUGGUGGAUUCAGACACAUUUCGGAGGACCGUUAGAUCGCUGGAAACUGCAGUAAAGGCACAGGUUAUCAUUACACCACUAGAUGGCAACAAGUGAGCAUGCUAUUAUGAAAUGAUUGGCACUGUCUGAAUCUGCACCCAUCUGGAGCUGAGCCGUUUUUUCCCCCAUCCCCAGAGUCCUGAUCCUGAGCAUUAGGAACAACUGCAAGGCCCCUAACUCAUCUACCUCGACGUCCCUCUUUACCCCGGUACUGGUACUGCUUUACCCAUAGAAGAUAGAUGAGCCUGGGAGGUCGUGCUUGAGUGGAGCCCUGCUGGGAGAAGUAAUGCUCUGUGUGUAGACCUCCCCCUCUUCCAAUCAUGAGCCACCAGGAGGCGCCACACGGUCAGGAGUUAAGAGAGGCGGCUGAGGCAGACCUGGAGCGUAGAGCCCCCGAGGGCCAACAGCCCCCCGCAUCCCACCGUAGACGCCACGAAAACGGAGAUGGCAGCUCCCGCUCCGGUCGCUCCCGCAACCACCACAGCAACCAUGGUACGGAAAAUAACCACUACCAGUCCCAACAGCAGGGGGCCCCGCGCUACCGCAGGUACGAGGGAUCAAACGGAGGGACGAACCGCACACGUGCCGCGAGGAGGCCAGCGGAAGAUGGUGAUACCGAACAGCAACCCGUUCAGCAGCCCAUACCACGACCUGCAGUGACACGCUACCGCAGACAGGGGGACAACGAGGCCCGACUUCGGGCACAGCAACAGAGACAGCGACAGCGGGAGAGGCAGCAGAGAGAUGCUGAGAGAGCCGAACAGCACAGGCUGGAACAUCAACAGCAUCUCAUCUCCCCUACGCAAGCCAUGCCACCCGCCAGAGAGCCAGAAGAAGCUGAGGAAGACGAGGGAGAUGGUGGCAGCGCUUUGGCCCGAUCCGCCAGCACUGAGAGCGGCUUCCACAACCACACAGACCGGGCAGAGGGGGAUGCAGUCAUGGCCCUUGAAGCAGAGCCCGAAGACGAAAGCACAUACAGCAUCCCACUGCGCCCGGAAGCAGAGGAGUACACCGAGAGUGCAGAGUCAGAGCAACAGCAUGGUGGUCCAGCUUACCUCCAACCCCAGUACCCACCUCAGCCACCGCCCCUACCUCGAGAGCCCCUGCCUAAUGCCGAGAGGCCCCAUGAUGCAGAGACGCUAAACCCCAACUACUCCAAUUAUGUUUACACUCAACCCAUGUACCGCAGUCCCACUGGAGCAGGAGAGGCCCGUGAAGGUGGAUCAACAGAAGAUGAGCCGUACUCUGAGCCCUAUGCUGAAUACACCCUUCAGGAGCAUGUUUACGAGGAGAUCACGGAUGGCCCCUCAACCAAAGCUGAAGGGCAGACUCCACAACAGCGUAGGGCAGACUUCAGACUCUUCGACCGUGACUUGUACCAGCAGCAGGAGGCUGUUGGGUCCAGGCUCCACCACUAUGACGAGCGAUCCGACGGAGAGUCGGACAGCCCUGAAAAGGAAGCAGAGUUUGCCCCGUACCCCCGUGCCGACAGCUGCGAGCAGGAUGAGGACAUUGACCAGAUUGUGGCAGAGGUGAAGGAGAGUCUGAGCUCGCAGAGCCUGGAGCGUGUCGCUAUGGGCCUGGACAAGGAUGGCGAUGAAGAAGAGUGGACCGAGUCAGAAUCCCAUGGUCAAAUGGAUAAAAUCAAAUCCCCAGAGCCAAUAAAUGAAGGAGAGUGCGGAGAGAUGCCCCCCAAAAGUCCCUCAGAAGAGCCAGCUCCAGUCGUGAGGAGCAGUCGUGAAAAGAGAGACGCAAUCUCACUGGCUAUUAAGGACAUCAAAGAGGCAAUAGAGGAAGUGAAGACAAGGACGGUCCGCUCGCCCUACACGCCAGACGAGCCCAAAGAACCCAUCUGGGUAAUGAGGCAAGACCUGAGUCCUACAGCAGAAUCUGACCUGCAGCCGUCUCUGGGGGCUGAUUCUCCAGGCUCAGGCUCCACCUCCCCACAGGGGGCCGAGUCUUCCAGCCGUCCCCUGACGUCACACGAGGGGAGUGACAGCUUUGAGUCUCCUUCUCCAGCCAGUAAAGAGUCAAGGAGAAGUCUUGCUUCAUUCCCGACAUAUGUGGAAGUACCAGGCCCAUGUGACCCAGAGGACCUCAUUGAUGGUAUUAUAUUUGCUGCUAACUACCUGGGAUCCACCCAGCUGCUCUCAGACAAGACACCCUCCAAAAAUGUGCGCAUGAUGCAGGCUCAGGAGGCUGUGAGUCGCAUUAAGACGGCCCAGAAAUUAGCCAAAAACAGGAAGAAGGCUCCAGAAGGUGAAGCUCAGCCCAUGACUGAGGUUGAUCUCUUCAUCUCCACUCAGAGAAUCAAAGUACUCAAUGCAGACUCACAGGAGACCAUGAUGGACCACCCUUUAAGGACCAUCUCCUACAUUGCUGAUAUUGGGAACAUCGUGGUGUUGAUGGCCAGAAGGAGAAUGCCUCGCUCUGACUCUCAGGAGGACAUGGAAGCUUCUGACCCUGCCCAAGACGAGAAGCGGCAAUACAAGAUGAUCUGUCACGUGUUUGAGUCUGAAGAUGCUCAGCUCAUAGCUCAGUCUAUCGGCCAGGCUUUCAGUGUGGCAUACCAAGAGUUCCUGCGUGCCAAUGGCAUCAACCCAGAGGAUCUGAGCCAGAAAGAGUAUAGCGACCUCCUUAACACACAGGACAUGUACAACGAUGACCUCAUUCACUUUUCCAAGUCUGAGAACUGCAAAGAUGUUUACAUAGAGAAGCAGAAGGGAGAGAUUCUUGGGCUGGUGAUUGUGGAGUCGGGCUGGGGCUCCAUCCUUCCCACAGUUAUUAUAGCAAACAUGAUGCAUGGCGGCCCGGCCGAGAAGUCCGGCAGGCUGAACAUUGGGGACCAGAUUAUGUCCAUCAAUGGCACCAGCUUGGUGGGAUUACCCCUCUCCACCUGUCAGAGUAUUAUCAAGGGAUUGAAGAACCAGUCCAGAAUAAAGCUUAACAUUGUGAGAUGCCCACCUGUGACCACUGUCCUCAUCCGAAGACCAGACCUAAGAUAUCAGCUGGGAUUUAGUGUGCAGAAUGGCAUUAUUUGCAGUCUCAUGAGAGGAGGGAUAGCAGAGCGCGGUGGGGUCCGUGUCGGCCACCGGAUCAUUGAAAUCAAUAGCCAGAGUGUUGUGGCCACCCCUCAUGAGAAGAUUGUACACAUUCUGUCAAAUGCAGUUGGUGAGAUUCACAUGAAGACUAUGCCAGCUGCCAUGUACCGCUUGUUAACAGCCCAGGAGCAACCAGUUUACAUCUAAAGCUACAACGCUUUCUCAAGCCUCCUGCCCCGUUGUCACCAGAUAUAACCUUAAUCUUGAUGUGAAAGUGUCAGGCCUGUGAACUGGUGACUGUGUGAUUGAAUCCACUGAAGCUCUGCUCAACAUGGCUCUCCAUGACUUCACUGCCUCCCCUGAGCUCUUCAUCUGUUCUUUUCUGUUGCUGUGAGUGAGAUUGCUGUGCUGUGUCAUUCCUCUCUCUGUGUGCACUGGAACGAAGCAGAGAGAGAGAGUGAGAAAUAUUUAAAGCCCAUCACAGGAAAUGGUGUCCUUUUCAAACCAGAUACCUACUCACACAGCAGUUUGUGGGUGACAAAAAGUACACCUGUGUGAUGUGAGCGUUAGGUGUACAAAAAGGAGUUUGCCUUACCAUACUUUUUUGCUGUUAUUUAUUCGAGCUUGGCAGGCGUCACGUGUUUUAGAUUCAACUUUAAUUUUUAAGGGCAGCUGUAAGUCUGAGGAAUAUGGUGUUGAGUUGAAUUGGUCACAGCCUACAGGAUGUUCAGUUGGAAUUUGAAUUGGAUUGACAGGAAAAUAAAUUUACUAAACUGCUAUUUGAAAGACAUUCAGCAGUUAUUAACUCCAUCAUUUGUUUUGACUAAUUAUGUCUAUAUAUUUCCUGAUAUGUAGAAUGUAUUUUUCUUAACUGACUCUAACUUCAAUUUUCAAUUAACACAGUCACCAAAAUACAGCACCACAAAAUGUGCUUUGACAACUUUUUAAUUUUGACUGGAUAAUAUUGUAAGUAAACUAGAGCAUUUGGGGAAAUGAAGUGUUUUUCAAUUAUGGUCCUGAAAAUGAAAGUUAAUUUAUUAAAUAUGGUGAAAUGCAUAUACAUUUCUACACAUUUUCAAUCAUUAUUAAUAUUAUUUAAUGUAAUAGCUCAUAUGUUGCGUUUUUCAUCAUAUUUAUAGGUAAUUGAGACCGAAACAUGAAACACACUUACAUUUCUUUAACUUACUUUCCAUUUUACUUGCUUAAAUUCAAAUUCGAAUUACAAUUCUGCAUCCUGUUGGCUUAGAAAUGGACUAAACCAUUGAGUCCUGUGAAAAAGGUUUUUUUAUACACACUCCCUAUCAAAAUGACAAUGAUCUUUUUGGUUAAUCCAUGGUAGAUAAUUCAAUGGGAAUGUCUAGUAUACUUAGGAGUAUAUAUAUAUAUAUAUAUAUAUAUAUAUAUAUAUAUACUACACUACCAGUCAAAA